UAUUACAAAAAAAAAAUUUAUUAAAAAGUUAAUAACACACUUUUAAUACCCUGGCGCCAUGUCUUCAUUUGGUAUGCGUGGCAUUGGCCAAAAUUUUGGUUUCAAACUUUGUUGUUGUCGCGUGUGCACUUGCGUCAAUUUCGGUUUCGUGAACUCGCGUGUGGGGCUCCUCAAAAUACUCCAACUAACUUUGGCUUUCCUAUGUGAGGGCUUACUGGUGCGUUAUGGCGUACCGGCAGCGGAUACAAUUGGACAAGCUUUGACCAGCAUGCUGACGACGACCGCCUAUUGCUUCACAACCACAACCAUACUGAUGAUAUGCUAUUGCUUCUCCGAGAAGUCCUCCAGUCUCAUUAGACAAUCACUCUUCGAGACACUCUUCAAUGCAGUGGCUUGCAGCAUGUACUUCAGCUCUUCCAGUUAUAUGGGCUUCGCCUGUGUGGUGUGGCUGCAACCGCAGUUUCUGGUGCGUCCCGGUUUUUGGGCCUAUCCCGCAAUGACGGCGACUUAUUAUAUGGGUUAUGCGGCGGGCAUUUUACAUGCCAUCGACGCCUAUUUGGCUUUCAGAUAUUACAGAGGCAGUCAUUGACUUGAAGGUUAAGUAUAGCAAAAUAGUUCUUAUGACUUUAUUUAAAACAUGUUUGUAUGUAUGUAUUGUAUACGCAUUAAUUUGUAAGAAAUUCACAUAAAAAUUAAGUU